GCAAUGUAUGCAGUUGUAGUAUCUUGCUAAUACUUAUACGUCUACCCUUCUUGUUAAAUCCAUUCUCCGAUCAGAUUGUAUAGUUGUAGGCACUGAGUAAGAUGGCCCGAAAGAAGCCGUUCAGCGGAAAGCAAAAGAAAGUACAGUUGCAAGAGAAGAAGGAGAAGCAACGCGCAAGUGCCAUAGCGUACGACCAGAGCCAGGCGCAGAAGGCCGCCCUACAGAAACAACGGGCCAGAGGGCAGGCGAGCGACCAGGACAAGCCCAAUGAGACAGGUCAACCACAGACUAUCCCCGCCAUAGGCCUACCCAUCCUUGUGACUACCGUCGCGGGUGAUGGGGCGAAGUCGAGUCAGAAAUCGCUGGCCAAAGCAGAGAGGUACAAGUUAAAGUUCAAGCUGACGACGGAAGUGGAUAUUGAGGAAGCGAAGAGGAAGACCUGCAGUGUGAUAGCCGAUGAGAAUGCGGACACUUUGGUGCUGGGCUUUGAUGAGCUGUACUACUCGACCGAUGAUCCUGUUGGAUUCCCGGUGCGACCCAAAUGGGACUACAGUAUGACGAAAGACCAGCUGGAAGCGCGAGAGGAGGCCAUGUUUGAGACAUGGCUGAGCCACGUGUACACCAAACACGGCACAAAUGUGGGCCAUUUCGAACACAAUUUGGAGACCUGGCGGCAGCUCUGGCGAGUGCUGGAAGUAUCUGACUUGAUACUGAUAGUUGUGGAUGUGAGGCACCCCUCACUACAUUUCCCGCCGGAAUUGUACGCGUACAUAAACAAAGAGCUGCAAAAGGCAGUUGUCCUGGUCAUUAAUAAGGUAGACAUGGCUGGCUUAGCCACCCAGGAGGCUUGGGUCAAGUACAUGCAAGACCUCUUCCCCGCUCUGACCAUCGUCAAGCUGUCGUCCUUCCCAGAUAUUGAUCAAAUCGCAGAUGAGGGAGUUUACAUGAAACAGUACAAGCGCCUGAAUGACAUCAAGAAGAACGACGACAUGAAGCAGCAGAUACUCGACAGCAAGUGCGCCAUCAUGCAGGCCUGUGCCAACAGCUGCACUCGCCUCCCCACCCAAAAAGAGUUUAUUGAGACCUACAUACAAACCCUGAAAGAUGCCGAUGCCAAGCAACCGAACCCCAACCAGAGUGCACCUGGGGACAAUAGCCCCAACCAGAGUGCACCUGGGGACGAUAAAGAGGACUGUUUAAGCGACACCGGGGCCAUUUCCGAGGACUGCGAGAGUGACGACGGCUUAGACACCUCUACUGAAGGGGACGACGAGAUGAACGGGUACAGUACCCAGCCCACAUUGCGACCGUACACAACCAUUGGGGUUGUAGGUAAGGGAUACUAA